CCUCUGUAAUUUUCUAGAAAAAAUGGCUGAAAAAAUUUCACCUUUUGUUUAUUGGGGGCAGAAUAAGGAGACUAUCACGUUGAAAAUAGAUCUGAAGGAAGUCGAGCCUCGUGAAGAUGAAGUUGAUCUAACAGAAGAACAUCUGAAACUGGAACUUGAUGGUGUUGGUGUACAAGGUCAAAAUAAAUACACUGUUGACCUGGAGUUUUAUCUUCCAGUUGAUCCUGAACAAAGCAAGUUCCGAGUAACCGGCCGGGGAUUAGAGUUUCAAAUUCGUAAAGUAGGUGUCGGGGAAUGUUGGCCACGAUUGACUGUUAGCCAGAAGAAACCAGCGUGGUUAAAAAUCGAUUUUGAUAAUCUUUACGAUUCUGAGAGUUCGUCGGAUGACUCAGAGAAUCCUGAACAGGACUUUGAAAAAGAAAUGAUGGCAAAACUUGGAAAAGACAUCACGGAUACCAAGACAUCAGCUGUUGCAGAUGUGAAACUAGGGUACCUGUUUAUAUACAACAUGUUCCAGUUCAUAGGAUUCUCUCUAAUAUUUGUCAAAUUGCAAUACAAGUACUGGAAGGAUGGAGAAGAUUCCAAAGGGGAAGCAUUUGAAAAUGUUGGGCCAACAUUUAUGAUGUGUCAGAUAGUGGCUUGUCUUGAAAUUGUACAUGUGUUGACUGGGGUAGUUAAAGGAGCUUUAUUACCAACAAUUGCCCAGGUAUUUGGCAGAUUCCUCAUCCUGGUAUUGAUCGCAUCUGAAGACAGAAUCAGCGAUCGCUACGUCGUCUGGUAUUUAUUCCUCACUUGGAGCGGCAUUGAGCUCGUCAGGUAUCCAUUUUAUAUGUUGAGCAGUAUUAAACAAGAGAUCUACCUAAUCACAUGGCUAAGAUAUACUUUAUGGAUACCCCUCUAUCCAUUGGGCUUUAUUUUAGAAGGAUUUGUGUUAAUAUUAGCAGUACCAUUCUUUGACCAGACUGGAAAAUUCUCCAUCACUCUACCAAAUGCUGCAAAUUUUGCAUUUCAUUUCCCGAUGUUCUUAAUUUUCUACAUGAUCAUAUUUAUGCCAGGUGCCUAUAUGCUGUUAUCAUACAUGUACAAAGCAAGAAGAAAGAAAUUGCACCCGGAAAGAAUGAACAACGAAACAACACCAAAAACAAAAAAUAUGAAAAAAGUACUUUAACAUGAUCUCUAAUAGACAUCUCUGGAAAUAUUGUUUCACUAUGAUUUGAUUUUCACUCAGAGACAAUUCAGAGUGAAAAAAGAGGAAUUUCCCAACAUGCAAGCACAUAUAUUGUUUCUGAAAUCUAAGUAAUUAUAGCAAAUGGUACAGGGGUAUCAGGGAAUCUAAACAUUGGAUGAUUUGAAUGAAAUUAAGCAAUUGUGAGAUCUCGAUUCUGUGUUUUACUUUGCAUCUUCUCCCAUAAUGGGAAAGCCCAGAAUCCGUACCUCCUUCUUCCCCUGCUAUAACCAAUCACAUGAUCUAAUUAUGGGGUAAAAAGAAAGAAUAUAUUCUGGAUUUUGAAGCUCUGUGAUCGGAGGAUGGGGAAAACCCAGUGAUAGAAUA